AUGUCUCUGCGCGGGCCCAUGCGGCAGUCUCACCUGAGGCAAGUGAGCGCUGCCAGCUUGGAGACCCUUUCGACCAUUCGCUCUCUGGACGCAUCGCACCGCGAACAUGGCCCCACGCCCCAUGAACGUCAUGUCCGGUUAUCCUCCAGCAUAGCCCGACAUCAAUGUACACUGUGGGUUCACGAUGAGAUGUUUGCACGCGAUGAGAUUCUCCUGAAUCCUGCAGCAUUUCGUGAAACUGGAGUGCAGAUUGGCGAUGUGGUGGAGAUACUACCUGUACGGGCGGCUGGAGAUGCGGCCCACUCCACGCUGAAAUCAGAUGCAACUGUUAAGACGAAUCGCGACUCACACGGCGAUACCAAUGGGCCGCCACAAUCGGAUAGCACCUCCAAAUUCAAGACGCCGUUGCAAAAUCGUUGUUUGUUCGUGGUCAAGCCGUUGCCGCAGGAUGUCAAGACACGUCACCCCAGAUUGGAGAUCUCCGUGACCAACAGUGUGGCCAACAUCUUCGGGUUCAAAAAUAGAACACAAGUUUAUUUGUCCAUCGUUGACCGAGAGCAAUGUUCCGCGUCACAUGUUGAUAUUGCGUUCCGCGACCAAUACAUGGUUCGGUCCGAUAUGUGGAGGCUUGUCACGACAGAACUUGCCAACAAGAUCAUUUACAAGGGGCAGAAAAUCACUUUCAUGGGGAGUGUCAAGGCGACUAUCAAAAAUAUCUUUAUUCGAGAGAAAAAGGUUCUGUCGGGGUACUUCUCAUCGAAUACUAUCCCUGUAUUCCGAAGUGAGUCGGCCAAAUAUGUCCUCUUCAUUCAAAUGUCAAGGGAAAUGUGGAAUUUUGAUUCCGAGGGAUCAGGGGACAUCCUGUUCAGCCGUGUUAUAAACGGAUUUCUACCAGAGCUCUUCAAACGAUGGGUCAAUUCCGAUGCAAAGCAUUUGAUCACGAUCGUGCUUUUCACCCGAGUCGAGUACGAUGCAUCGAUUCACACAAAUCUGGCCAAGCUCAAUGCUGGCACUCAGAAUGCCGGGGGCCCGAAUAAUGUUCCAACACGGGAUUUCUAUCGCGUGGUAGUAAAUGACAUGGCGAGUGGUCACUGGACCACGAUUCUGGAUGAGUUGAAGAAGAAUUUCCGAACGUUCCUUCGCGAUGUCUCAAUUUUGAAGACAGAGGAUCUCAAUGCUGCAGCUGGCAGUGGAGUCAAGCUUCCUUCAAAACCUCAUACCGCGACAAUUGCCGGACGACCUAGCACAGCUUUGCGCGGUAAUAUCCUUGAGGCUAUCCACCUGGCUUCUGCCCAUCUGGCGUAUGAUCAUAUUGACAGAGACAUGGUUCACACCGGCACUUCCAUCAUUGUUAUUACCCCCGGCAGCGGCGUUUUCGAAGUUUCCUACGAGUCCCUCGCCUCCACUACAGAAGCACUGGCAAAUCGCGGGAUAGCCAUUGACCUGGUCUGUCUCUCUCCGAUGCCCCUUCAUUCUGUCCCUUUGUUCAAGUACCGGGAACCCGUGGAACGAAACUUGGGUGGUAUGACAAGCAGCUCGAACACAUCCAUGGGGAACUUGUCACCAGAGGUGCACCAUUCAAUAUCAAGUCUUGUCAGCAGGUCGUCCUAUCUGUCUCCUAGCUCUUACCUCUCCGCUACCCGUAUGCGAGAACGAGGAAGUUCUCGAUCCAGAGAGUGGAGCUACGGUAUUCCUCACUGGCUUGACAUUUCGUACUGGGACCCCGAGACGUAUCGAGAGGCGCGACGAAUUCUAAAGAACGAUCCCAACGCACCAAUACCGCUCACCGUGACCCGGCCAUCCAAAGCUUUUACCCCACGUGUUCGUAUGUAUGAGAUUCAGAUGAUGGGUGUCAUGGAAAGUGAGCAAUCGAACAUCUCCAUUCCUUACCUGGUCGAAGGACGCGACAUCUCGCGACUUCGUGGAUCCUGGCCUGAGCCUAGUUCUGCGGUUCGCGGUCCGCCCAGAACUCGACUCGCGUCUUCGUCUCUCAAAGCACAAUACAGCGACAGUCUUCGACCAGAGCCGUUCCUCGAAAAUGUCACCGAUCACAGCGAACUUCAGGUAAACGGUCAAUCAAAGUCAUGCAAGUCGGUCUUAUCAUGGAUGGACCAGUAUGACGAUAAUAUCUUCACCGUAAGACCGAAGCGCCGUCCCUUACAAAAGCCCAAAUAUAAACGACUUAGUGAACCCGAGGUUCAAGCUGCUGGUGCACAUGAACGGAUGUCCGCGCGAUCUAUCUUACGCCUGCGAGAGCAGGAAACGGGUGGAAAUGAGCACAACCAAUCUUUCCGUCCACGCAGACUUGAUGGUUCUAUUUCCAUCUCCCAAAGCCCUGCAUCAAUGGCUCCUAUCACCGCCCUCAACAAUAAGUCCACAUUGAAAUCCCCAGCGGCUCCUAAGAGCUCACGAAUGUUCUCCAAGACCAUCAGUUUUGCGCUGCGUGGCCUGAGCGCUACCGCACCUCGUGCGCAAGCCAGCACAGGUGUCCAUGUUGAAAAUGCCAGCGCAAUGCCGAUGUCAAACCAGCGGCCCUCGGGUGGUACCUUCUCUGACACGAAAAGCAUCACCUCUCUGAGCCUCUCGGAAUCAGCAUCCACACUGACUCUCGCUGAUCUACCAUCGAGGCCGCCCACCCCUCCUAGAGGCGCCUCUGAUGCCAAGGUGACGCCAUCAAAACCCAUCUCAAUCAAAGCCCCUUUCAAAAAGCCUGAAAUUACAGAACAGCGCGAGCAUGGUGGCGGGGCCCAAAACUCGCUUCCUACAUCCAAGGCAGAAGCUCCGUUCAAUGAAGAAGGGCGUGAAGAGGGAGCAGGCCGACCCAAUGACCAUAAAAGCGAAAUCACAUUCAAUCAUGGGUCCCGCGAUACAUCUAUCAGAAGUUCAGCAAGCAAAGCGCUCUCUCCGUGGGUUCGAUCAGUCAACCCUUGUAAUACCCCGAAGGAUGUAUUACGCAAUACCAGCUGGUUUGGUCGUUGGCAGCAUGCAUACCCGCGUCCUCCACAUGUCGCUCUGGUCAAAUGGAAGAGUCUGAAGUCACCUGCAGUUUUACCGUUGACAACAGAAGAGUUUCCGACCGCUGGAGAGCUGGCCUCUGAAUACCUGCAAACACCAUAUCGUGUGUUUCCAAAUGACGAUGCGGAUGGCUUUGAGGCACCCAAGACACGUGGAAUUCUUCUGCGCGAAAUGAUCUCCCUUCGAUUGUCUCAUGGAUUCCAGAUUGUCAUUGGGAAGACUGUUGCGGAGGUCUCAUCCCAACCCGCUCUUGAAUCAUUGAAUGUCUUUGAUACCCGCGGGCUCGAGCGUGAUGGUGUUACUGUCUUCCUCUCAAAAGGAAACGCGAUUCACCGUCUCAUCUGCAUACACGGAGGAGAAAUUGAGGUGACCCGUUUCACACAUCAGACAACCGCUGCGCUCGAGUCUUCCAAGAGAGUCAACUUGACUCUAUAUCAGCCAGCUAUGAGGACAAUCCUCAAUCCAGAGUACGAGAUGAAAGAUAUUAAGUUGGAUCCCACCGCUGAGGAAUACAACUGGAACUAUGCCGACAAUUACGUGGCUGGUCACAGAGACUACCUGCAAAACCCAGCCCAGCAGCUACACUUCUGGCGGGUUCGAUAUGUGUUGAUUCCAUUGCAACUUCAUCCCAAUUCUCGGCGGCAUCUGCAGCCCUACAAUGAAGACAAUGAAGAGGAAAUUCAUUUGCUGGGUAUCAGCCAGUUGACUCACAUAUGGCAGCGUAACAAAUAUGUUUCUCCUGAGGAGAAGCGCUUCGAUACCUUGACGAACGCGACUUCAAACUCAUCCACAAAUACCCCUGCGAAGAAGCGAGAUCUGAAUCCACUCAAUAUCAUGUAUCAGACCCGUAAUCCAUCAGAGGUUGUCGCGGCUGAACUCGAUCGGGUGCUACUAACCGACCCGAGGCUUGACAAUCCGCCUGCUCAAUUGCUGCCCGAGUCCGAGCUUCUUGAGAGGUCCAGUGUCAACUUGACCUCUCUUGCGCAACUGAUUCAGGGAGACAAGGGUGUACGGAUGAUGGAUCGUCGUUGGCAUUGGAGACUGCAUUACAACUGUUUCAUUGGCUUUGAGUUCACAACAUGGCUUCUGCAAAACUUCCGAGAUAUUGAUACUCGGGAUGAGGCUGUUGAUUUUGGCAAUGAGCUGAUGAAGCAUGAUCUGUUCCAGCACGUCGAAAAAAGACACAAUUUCCGUGACGGUAACUACUUCUAUCAGAUCUGUACUGAUUACCGUACCACUCGCCCGGAAUCUCGCGGCGGCUGGUUCCCACAGCUCCGAGCAGACAAGUCUAUGCCUUCGACUCCAGCACCUGGAAGCGGGAAUUUGAAGGAUUCCCCUCUGAGUUCCCAUACUCGUUCCGAUAGUAACGAUGAGCGUGUGCCACCAACGCCGACCACUCCGUCCAAGACCAAGAACAAAGUCGCUAUUAUGCUAUCAAAAUCUCUCAAGUACGACGUGGACAACAGGAAGCGGUCAAACCGGCCUGAAAUCAUUGAUCUCCAUUAUGAUAGGCUGCACAACCCAGCGAAUUGUUUCCACAUUGAAUUAAGCUGGAUGAACACAACUCCCAAACUGAUCGAAGACACCGUCCUCUCAUGGGCGUCAACGGCAGAGAAAUUUGGCCUCAAGCUAGUCCAGGUCCCAAUCGCCGAAGCCUCCGCCAUCGACAAAACCCAACCAUUCCGCAAACCUUACAGAAUCAAACUCAAGAUCCCGCCACCCAAAGGACCCGUCCACACGAAGAGCCUCCUCCGAAAGUUCGAUUUCGUUCUGGACUUUGAAGCAGCCAACUCCUUCCCAGCGGACGUCGAAGUAUCCUUCUCCUGGGGCAAACCAGACUACAAAUACCCCCAAUUCAUCCACCGCACUGGUAGCAUCCUGGCCCAGAUUACCGACGAAGGCGACUUCCUCUUGCUCGCAAAUCGUCUCGUCAGCACCCGCAGUGUCGCAAGCCGCGACGCAGGCCGCUACGAUCACAACCGUGAGUACCGCGGUCGUGCAACAACACACGACGCACUGGAUAGAAUAUCUCCUCGUCUCUCCCCUCUCACUCGCCCCCUCCACGACAUUGGCAGUCCGCUACCUCCAGGCCCGACCACCGGGCCCACAAACAUCGACUCCGUAAAUCUCUACCGAGCCCCAGGACACAUUCUCACCGGGUUAGUGGACUUCUGUAACGACGCGGCUCAACUUGAGCAAUUCUACAGCGAGAACCACGCCCGUACAGCGUCUACAAAGACUGAGCCCGCCACGCAUCUCGACAUUUCCAUCCCAUCCCUGGAACUUCCCGCCAGCGUGUAUGAGAUCAAUGUUAAAAUCCACGAUAUCAGUGUCGAAUUUACCAAUUCAGGAUCACGCCGUCACAAGUACGAGUACCCUCCUUAA